AUGCCGAUGCGUGCCGACAGCAGGCGCUUGCUGAUGCGAACCGGCACGGCGCCACUUGUGACGCUCGACGAUGACCGGGUUUGCACGAUUUGCGUGGCGCUCCUCGGCCAGUUUAGCAAGGUUGAGGAGAUGCUCGAGGAGAGUGGCAGCACCUCAAAGGCUUUGGACUUUGAGGGCUUUAGCGAACUCGUCGACCAGCUCGAGGGCGGCGCGGCAGCGUUUGACUUCUUGACGGCCUAUGUGGUGGAGGACUCGCUCUCUGUCGACAACCUCUUCGUCUUCCUGCUCAUCUUUCGCUACUUCAAGGUGCCGCCCGGCUCGGUCGAUAAGUGCCUCAACUACGGCAUUGCCGGCUCCAUCCUGCUGCGUGGCGUCUUCAUCUUUGCCGGCCUCGCGGCGACGAGCGCUUUUGCGCCGCUGCUACUGGGCUUCUCGGCCUUCCUGCUCUUCUCGUCGUACCAGCUGCUCUCGGGCGCGGACGACGACGACGACGACGCCGAGCUGCCUGGCGUCGUCAUCGAGUUGCUCGAGCGCUUGCCGCUCACGGGCACCUUCGAGGGCGACAGGCUCACGGUGCCGAACGAGGCGGGGGCGGGGGUCCUCUUCACGCAGCUGACGGCCACCCUCGUCUCGAUCGCGCUGUGUGACGUGAUCUUUGCCGUCGACUCGAUCCCUGCCGUGCUCGCGGUAAGCGACGACCCUUUUGUGGUGUACUCGUCGAACAUCGCCGCCGUCGUGGGGCUGCGCUCGCUCUACCAGCUGCUCUCUGUCGCCGUCUCGGACCUCGUCUACCUCGAGAAGGCGGUCGCCCUCGUGCUCGGGUUCGUCGGGCUCAAGCUCGGCCUCGAGGUGGCGGGCGUCGAGGUGAGCUCCGCCCUCUCGCUCACCGUCAUCCUCUCGACGCUCUGCGGCGGCGUGGUGCUGUCGCAGCAGGCCGACGCGGACGAGAAGGAGGCCUACUCGCCGCACGCGCCGCAGGCUGUCGGCCUCGCCCUCGCCUCUGCGUUCGUGAGGCUGCGGGCAGCGGCAGCGGCGCUCAAGAGACUGGCCCGGACGAACAAGGGGUCGGAUGGAGAGUGA